AUGCAUGGAAAAGCAAAAAACAUCACAAACAACACCUGCUCCCGGACACGGUUGGAUUUUAACAGCCAGCAUAUCACUGUUGAAUGUUUUAGGCCGAAAGCCACCACCGAACUCCAGAACGUGGCUCAAAGCAACAGCUGCUAUAUGUUGGGGGAAUUCGAGUUUGAUACGCUUCUUCCGCCAUGGCGAGAAGAUUUUCGAACACCACCGCCGAAAAGCUUCUCCUUCACGAUGCUUGGGUGGAACAACAUGGCCUCAAUGCGUUCCAUCCUCAAAGGAGGUACAGGGGAGCCACCCGAGCGGUCAAAACGCCGCACAGAGCUCGAGGGCUUCAGCCAUCAAGCCGGUCUGCCGGGUAUUCUGUGUGGGUUCCGGGGAUCUUCAUCGGGUCCUGAGCUGCGAUUCGAGGACGAAUUGGCGGAUCUGGCCACGUUCACACAUGCUGCAGUCGUGUCCAUAAUCUUCAUUCCCGAAGGGGUCUAA